UUGACGUUUCAUUGAAAGGAAGGGCUUCGCGAGGGGCUAGCGUUAGCUUUCAUUCCUGAAACACACCUACUCUGAGUUUGCCAGCUGUUUCAGAGCGAGACAAAGAGCACGGGACGUGUCAUGGCCGCGGGGGAACAUUAGAGGGAAAGCUCUCGCUUCACGCCAGCGGGGUCUCGUCACGUUAGCUGUCAGUUGGCACAGCUAGCAGUGAUGGCAGGCUCGGGGCUAGCCCGAGCUCAGCUAACGCCGAAAAAAAAAAUAAAAGCAGGUGUGUGCGCGCGCGCCCGCGUGUUUGAGUGAAACAAGAUCGACACUGAGCGGCCAAGCUGAAUGCUGUCAAAGGGCUCUCCAGGGCAGAUCCCGGGACAAGACAUGGAGCUCUAAGCUAGCCCUCUCCAUCCAUCUCCGUUUGCCGCCCUGCACGCUGCUCCCAAAGACCACCUCUUCUACCCCUGCUGUAGUGGUUUGGCCCAGACUCCUUUAAGUGGGAGGGAGUAGUAAACUUUCCCCAGCUGCUGCCCAGACACACACAUGCUGCAUUGCCGCCAUUCCCCAGGCCCCACUCCAAUCGAUCUCUAGGGCACGGACACAAGCUCGCUAGCUAGCUAGCACUUGGUACAAAGACGAGGCCUGUCCUCGGGGGUUAAAAAUACAAUCAGACUGUGUACACUUGCCUCCUUUCUUUUUGGUUCUCCCUUUUCCGGGUCCCCCAGACAAACACUCAUUAACUGGGGCUCAUUUUGAUUAGCGGUCGUUCUCGCUGCUUUGAGCAGUGGAGGAUUGCUAGCAGCCCGUCGUUUAGCCAGGCAGACUGAGGAAGCCAGAGGGCUCGCUUAUCAGAGGCCAGCAUGAUGGAGGCCAGCAUGGAGAGCUGCCUGACCCAGGUCCUGCAGAAGGACAUGGGCCGCCGGCUGCAGGUGGGGCAGGAGAUCAUUGAUUACAUCUUGGACAAGGAGAAGUCCCACGACCUGGAGCAGGACCAGACGGCGUUGGACAAGAUGGUCGACGGCAUCGCCAGCUCCUGGGUCAACUGCAGCAACUUCAAGGUGGCUCUGCUGGGCUUGGACCUCUUAUCUGCCUUAGUGACGAGGUUACAGGAGCGGUUUAGGGCCCACGUGGGAACCGUUCUGCCCAGCCUUAUUGAUCGACUGGGAGACGCUAAAGACCAAGUGAGAGACCAAGACCAAACAGUGCUGCUAAAGAUCAUGGAACAAGCUGCCAGCCCGCAGUAUGUGUGGGACAGGAUGCUGGGGGGCUUCAAGCAUAAGAACAACAGGACCAGAGAAGGAGUGUGCCUUUGCCUCAUCGCCACACUGAGCACAUACGGAGCUCAAGGCCUGACCCUCAGUAAAAUCGUUCCCCAUAUAUGUAACCUCCUGGGGGACCCCACAAGCCAGGUACGUGACGGGGCCAUGAGCUGUUUGGUGGAGAUCUACAGACACGUGGGGGAGAGGGUGAGGAUGGAUCUCUGCAAAAAGGGCCUGCCACAGUCACGGUUGAAUGUAAUCUUCAGCAAAUUUGAUGAAGUCCAAAGAUCCGGGAACAUGAUGUCAUCCUCUUGUUCGGAUAAGAACUUUGAGGAUGAAGACUCUGUGGAUGGAGGCCGGUCCUCCUCCUCAUCAUCCAAAGCUCCCCCCAGUGGCAGAAGGCCUGUAGUGAGCUCUGUUAGGAGACCCAGCACAGCCACCACGGCCAAGGUCACAGCUAAAGAAGCAGCUGCCGGGGCUGUUGAUGAAGAGGAUUUUAUUAAAACCUUCGAAGACGUGCCCUCAGUCCAGAUCUACUCCAACCGGGAGCUGGAGGACCAGCUGUCCAAGAUCAGAGAAGUGCUGUCUGAUGACAAACACGACUGGGAGCACCGAGUGGUCGCGCUGAAGAAGGUGCGUUCUCUCCUGCUGGCCGGGGCGACUGAGUACGAGGGUUUCCCUCAGCAGCUGCGUCUCCUGGAGGCGCCCCUCAAGCUGUCAGCUAAAGACCUGCGCUCCCAGGUGGUCCGAGAGGCCUGCAUCACUCUGGGACAUUUGUCAUCAAUACUGGGGAACAAGUUUGACCACGGCGCGGAGAGCAUCAUGCCCACCCUGCUGAACCUUGUGCCCAACAGUGCCAAAGUCAUGGCCACGUCCGGAGUGGCCACCAUCCGCCUCAUCCUCAAGCGCACACACUACCCACGUCUCAUCCCCAUCAUCACCAGUAACUGCACCGCCAAAUCAGUAGCAGUCAGACGACGCAGUUUUGAGUUCUUAGACCUCAUGCUACAAGAGUGGCACACUAAUACACUGGAAAGACAUGUGGCUGUUCUGACUGAGACCAUCAAGAAAGGCAUACACGAUGCCGACUCUGAGGCCAGAUCCAUUGCAAGAAAGUGCUAUUGGGGAUUCCAUGGUCACUACAGCAGGGAGGCCGAGCAUCUGUUCCAGGCGCUGGAGUCCACUUAUCAGAAGGCCCUCCAGUCUCACCUGAAGGGCUCCGACAGCAUCGUGUCUCUACCCCAGUCGGACCGCUCGUCCUCGUCCUCCCAGGAGAGUCUCAACCGUCCGUUGUCUGUGAAGAGUGUCAUUGGAGGGAGUAUAACGAGGAGUAAGCUGGUGAGCACCAGGGUGUCGACCACAUCUCUCCAGCGUUCCCGCAGUGACAUCGAUGUAAACGCCGCCUCCAGCGCCAAGUCCCGUCUGACCACCGUUCCUGUCUCCUCGCCGUUCAGCUCUGCGGCUGCCCUCCCCCCAGGGUCCUACGCCUCACUAGGUCGCGUUCGUACCAGGAGACAGAGCUCGGGCAGCGUGGGCGGAGCCAAUACCUCAGUGGUGGACAGCAGGGGGCGCAGCCGAGCCAAAGUAGUCUCUCAGUCCCAGCGAUCCAGAUCAGCCAAUCCCAUCAAUGCCGGCAGCCGCUCCAGCUCCCCAGGCAAGCUGCUCGGCCACGGCAGCUACGGCCGGAUCCCUCGAACCACGGUGUCGGCCUCCACCACGCCGGCUGACAAGCGCACCAGGAUCCCCCGCAGCCAAGGCUGCAGUCGCGAGACCAGCCCCAGCCGAAUGGGUCUCGCCAGCCUGUGUGGUAAAGCUCUUCUUCCUGCUGCUCUUCCCUACCGCACGCUAGCCCGGAGCCGCAUUCCCCGUCCCAGCAUGAGUCAGGGUUGCAGUCGCGACACCAGUCGCGAGAGCAGCCGUGACACCAGCCCCGCUCGGGGCUUCACUCCUUUGGAUCGAUAUGGAUUAAUUCACCAAGCAAGGAUCUCGGCGUCAGUCAAUGCCAUGAGGGUCCUAAACACUGGCACAGAGGUGGAGGCAGCCGUUGCUGAUGCUCUGCUAUUAGGAGACUCCAGGAAUAAGAGGAAGCCGUUGAGGCGGAGGUACGAGUCCCCUGGCAUGUACUCUGACGACGAUGCCAACAGCGACGCGUCCAGUGCCUGCUCCGAGCGCUCCUACAGCUCAAGAAACGGAGGCAUCCCCCAUUAUCUGCGGCAGACGGAGGAUGUGGCGGAGGUCCUGAACCACUGCGCCAGCUCCAACUGGUCGGAGAGGAAGGAGGGUUUACUGGGCCUGCAGAAUCUCUUCAAGAGCCAAAGAAUACUGAGCCGAGUGGAGCUGAAGAGACUUUGUGAGAUCUUCACAAGGAUGUUUGCAGAUCCACAUAGCAAGAGAGUGUUCAGCAUGUUCCUGGAGACACUUGUGGACUUCAUCACAGUACACAGGGAAGACCUGCAGGACUGGCUUUUUGUCCUGCUCACUCAGCUGCUCAAAAAGAUGGGGGCAGAUCUGCUGGGCUCAGUCCAGGCCAAAGUCCAGAAGGCUCUGGAUGUCACAAGGGAGUCCUUCCCAUUUGACCAACAGUUCAACAUUCUGAUGAGGUUCAUCGUGGAUCAGACUCAGACGCCCAAUCUGAAGGUUAAGGUGGCCAUCCUGAAGUACAUUGAGUCCCUGGCUCGGCAGAUGGACCCAACAGACUUUGUCAACUCCAGCGAGACGCGCCUGGCCGUAUCUCGCAUCAUCACCUGGACCACUGAACCCAAAAGUUCUGAUGUCAGGAAGACCCUUCAUAACUGGGUGAGCGAGGAGCUAGCUGGCAAGUCCAGCACUGCGGCCUCACUGUCCGCUGAGGGCAACCAGGAAGAAAGGUGUAAGCAGGCGGCCCAGGUGGUGCUGAUCUCUUUGUUUGAGCUCAACACCCCAGAGUUCACUAUGCUGCUGGGAGCUCUCCCCAAAACCUUCCAGGACGGAGCCACCAAACUGCUGCACAACCACCUGAAGAACUCCAGCAACACAAGCAGCGGUGUGGGGUCUCCUAGCAACACCAUUGGCCGGACGCCGACACGCCACACCCCCAGCAGAACCAGCCCCCUCACCUCUCCGACAAACUGUUCCCAUGGAGGACUGUCUCCAAGCAUGAUGGAGUACGACACCGAGAACAUGAACUCGGAUGAGAUCUACAGCUCGCUGCGCGGCGUCACCGAGGCCAUCCAGAGCUUCAGCUACCGGAGCCAGGAGGACCUGAAUGAGCCAAUCAGACAGGAGGGCAAGAGAGAUGAUGCUGCUGGAAGAGAGGGUGUAGCGUCCUCUCUUGGCUCUGACGCCCGCCUCGGCCUGGACGCGGUGGAAGGGGGCCGCACCGCCUUGGACAACAAGACCUCCCUACUCAACACGCCGUCGCCUCGCUCCUUCUCUGGGCCGCGGGGCCGGGAGUUCGCUCCCUAUGGCUACGGAGAAACCAUCUGCUCAUACGACAAGACCGCCCUCAAGGAGGCUGUGUUUGACGACGAUGUGGAGCAGUUCAGAGACUGCCGACGUCAGGAAAGUGGGGAAAACAAGAUGACGCUUCCCAAGGUCUUUGCUCCCGCAAUCGGUCACGACCACUCGGACCUGGUAGCCGACCUGCUCAAGGAACUGUCCAAUCACAACGAGCGCUCUGAGGAGCGUAAAGGCGCUCUGGUGGAGCUGCUGAAGAUCACACGGGAGGACAGCCUGGCUGUGUGGGAUGAACACUUCAAAACCAUCCUCCUCCUCCUGCUGGAGACGCUGGGGGAUAAAGAUCACACCAUCCGAGCCCUGGCCCUGCGUCUGCUGAAAGAGAUUCUGAGGAACCAGCCGGCCCGCUUCAAAAACUAUGCUGAGCUAACCAUCAUGAAGACCCUGGAGGCUCACAAAGACUCUCACAAAGAGGUGGUGCGUGCGGCCGAAGAGGCGGCGUCCACCCUGGCUGGCUCCAUCCACCCGGAGCAGUGCAUCAAGGUGCUGUGUCCUAUUGUGCAGACAGCCGACUACCCCAUCAACCUGGCUGCCAUCAAGAUGCAAACCAAAGUCAUUGAACGCCACGCCAAGGACUCCUUACUGCAGCUGCUGCCUGACAUCAUCCCAGGACUCUUACAGGGCUACGACAACACAGAGAGCAGCGUUCGCAAGGCCAGCGUGUUCUGUCUGGUUGCUAUCUACUCUGUGAUUGGCGAGGAUCUCAAACCCCACCUGGCACUGCUCACGGGCAGCAAGAUGAAGUUACUGAACCUGUACAUCAAGCGAGCCCAGACGACCAACAGCAACAGCAGCAGCUCCUCGGACGUCUCCUCUCACAGUUAAUGGAGGGAGGUUUCAUCUGGAAACCCUGUGGAUGGACGACGCCAGAAGAUUGCCGUCCCCGAGCUUCCCCUCCUCCUCGUCCUCUUCCUCGCUCGAGCUCCACUGCGCUUCUCUCCCGUGUGGAGGAGAUCCUGUCACCGACCUAUUUGUCAUGUAGUCCCUCCAUGUAGUUUUCUUUUUAUGCUAAUUUGUUAUUAAAAGUGGCUCAAUCAGUUAAAUCCCCCUUUCAUAAAAACCUUAUUCCACUAGAAGUGACAAUCCUUUAAAGUUUAUUUUGAGGGACAGAAGAGGAAACUUCCCAGUUAAAGUUUGUGUGAAUGCUGACUCAGCAGACGUUUGUGUUGCCUGUCUUUUCUCACGGAGCGCUCUGCAUUAAGGUUGAGGACGGCUUUUUGGCCCACAUGCUUUGGACAACCGGUUGCCGGCUGGUUGCCGGUCUGUGGCAUCUCACCUGUGAAUCUCUGCUCAGCCGAGCGGCUCUGUUUGAAGAGCGAGUCAUUUGUAAAUAGCGGCAGAUGUUUUCCCAGCUUGGAGUCGGGGGGGAGACGAGCGAUCGGAGGCGGUCGAAAAGACAUUACCAGGCCUUAUUCACUUCAACACAUCUUCAGUUGACUGGGACCUCGGAAGGUUCCGCACUGGAACUCUCCGGAAAAAUGUGACUUUGCAGGGAAAGGAACAGUCAGUGUUCUUGACCCGUGAUGAUGCAGCUACAGUAUUAGGUGUCCCCCCCCCCCCCCCCACCCCCUUAACGUAACCACAGCUUCUGCAACAGCCGUGAAAUCCACAAAUAUAUGGUGUUUUGUAUAUACACGUCUGGACCACUGCUUAGCAUACUUUUCAAUGAUGUCAGUGAAAAAAACAAACAAGAGAGAGAAGUGAACGGGUGUCUGAGUCCCUUUCUUCUUCUUUUUUUGCACGAUAGAUAACUUGCAUGUUACCUGCAGCACAUGCCAACCUGCUGUUCUGAAGGGCCAAGGCUAUUUAAGUGCACUUGUGACAUCAUCAGAGUACUCGUCUCUGAUUUAAUGUUUCAGUAGAGGAGGAAGUCCCAUCGGCCACACUCUUAUGACCAAAAUGUGUCGGGUUUAUUCAAGUUUCCAGAAAGCUUCAUCUGGGCACGGCUGUGAUGUUUUACAUUUCUGCUACGUUUGAGGUAUCGAGAAGCUUUAAAAUGUCGGAUCUUACAACGAGAUCUCUCUUUAAGUUGAUGGUAGUUUAGAUCAGAGUCCAUGUUAUUAUUGGAUAUGAUUUGGUUCAUCGUGAUACAGUUAAUCUACUGGAGGAAGGAAUCAGAUUUGUUAUGCCUUUUUAAUAUUGAGAUAAUAUUAAGGAAAUACAAGUAUUCCUGGUGUUACCUGGGGAUUGUUUUAGUUGAGUGGUGUUUUCAUUCAGGGAAUCCACAGAGAGUGGGCCAAUUGUGGUUAUUUAAGUAAAUGAAUGUACAGACUUAAUACGUGUUUAUGAUUAGCUUUGUACGCAUUGGUACUGAAAAUGAUUUUCAGCAACAUGCAGCCCUGUAAUAUGCCUGUCUGCACUCUACCCUCAUAAUAAUGGGAAAGUUCACCAAUCGGCACACUGGCACAUGCUAUCACACUGCUGGUCCUAGAAACAGACCACAUGGUUCUCCUUUAAAACUGUCACUAUGCAUGUUAUACAGUACACUGUCUUUCUUUUGUCUCAAGUGGUCAUGUAAUAUUCAUACCUGUAUUUAUAUAUUUUAUUUCGUCCUCAUGAUAAACUGUACAGAAGAGUUUUUGUUGUUGCUGUUGACUUCCACCUGUGAUAAGUUUGCAACAAUGUAAAGAAAUUGUUUGCUCUAGAAAUAAACCGACUGAGAAGUGA